AGGAGUGCUUACAAAUAGAGAAGGGAAAGACCUUCUAUGACUUCCAGUUUAAUACAAGGCUCGUCAAAUCAACAAUAGUGCAUUUUCAGGUCUAUAAUAAAACCAUUUAUGGGUUUUCUAUAUGUGAUUAUAGCAUGUGCGUCAACCAUUAAUUGGAAGGUAUGGAGUUUACAGUUGCUCUCUUAUAUUAGGUUUAAGUACAGACUACAGAUUUUAUCAGCUGACAUAUGCUUUAUUUACCAACAAAUAAGAGGUUUGAGAACUUCUCCAGAAUUAUCUACAGGCAAGUGAGGCCGUCACAAUAGUCUCUUUUAAGGCCUACAAACUGGUGACAGAAUUUUCCCUGAUGUGGAGAUAAUUCUUGAAUUUUAUACCUAGGCAAAGAAAAAACUGUGUGAUUAACUUGAUUUUUUGUGAGGACUGUGCUCACUUCUCUCAUAACAGAAGAUAUGUGAAAUGUUUCAAUUUGUAAUUUACUAGUCUUUGUACCAAAAUUCUUUUUGAAUUAUGAUAUCGUACCCCACUUAAAGGCAGCAAGCUGGGGUUUUAUAUUUACAAGAUACUUUUUUUGCAGAUACAUGAUGAAGGAUGCUUACUUUAUACUUGCUCUUGAUAACUGUUCACCAAAUCUUAAUAAAAUUAAAAGAUACAAUAUGUUGAAGGUAUAGUCUUGAAUAUGUGCCAGAUUUAUUUAUGGACAGAUGAUUUGAUGCAAGUUAUAAAUAUUAGUGCAUCAUGACUAUGCUAUGACUUGGCAUUCGUAAUGAUUGCAACAUGAUGCUGGUGUUGGUGUACUUGUGAAUUGCCAUGAACACGCUAUAACAUUAAAUAAAAAAGGAAUCUUUUUAUGUAUUACAUCACAUACACACAUGCACACUCUAUUGCAAUGCUUGAAACAUCUCUAACCUCAUUACCAUUUUUUCUUUAAUCAGAGCUUAUUUUGAAAAUUGAUAGGUUGAGCUCUGUUAUAAGCUGAAGGACUGUCUAUACUCUCCUAGCUGCUAUUAGAAUAUAAAUGGUUUGUAACUAUAAUCUAUUAACGUUUAAAAAAAAAAUGUAGAAAGGUAAAUAGUAAGUUAGAAAAACAAAAUUAUAACCCAUAGAACUAUCUAUGUAGGCACUACCAAUUUACUACAGUUGAAGCAAUUAUUGAAUAAAACAAAGUAAUUGAGAGAAUAAAAUGAGGAAGCAUCUGCAACCUGUUGGCUAUAUCCAGUUUGUCUCUUCAAUAAUAGUUAUUUUUUGUUUCAACCUGUGUGUUAAGUAGCCUGAUGGGAAUGUGUUCAUCAUCCUUAAAGUCAAGUUGCAUUAAGUUUGAAUCUGAGGUUUUUGUCCUAACAUUUUAUGCUUUAAUAAUUACUUACUGAUUUCAUUAAUCUUUGAAUUCAAUAUUUGGUUGUGAAUAUAUUGUUUCUGUUGAUAUCAAAUAUAAUUAUGUUGCUUUAACCCCUUUGUGCAUUUAGGAUUGCUACUUCUCCCUUUAUUUCAGCCUUUAAAGCAGGGUGGAGAGCAGCUGGCGCGGCGUUGUUUAUAUGGUAUGAUAGGAUAAUAUCUGAGCAUUUAGAGGCCUCUGUGGCAAUUCCUGUAAUUUUGUAGAAUUGGUGUUCCUGGUGAUGAGGGGCCUGACUAGUACUAUCAUUGCACCUCUUCAUGUUGGAUCGUGUUUAGAAUUUUGAGAUUCAUUGCAGGCCUUGACAAUCGUUGAAUAUUUACAUAAUUUCAUCUUCAUGCUGUUGUCGUGAUCCAUCUAAUAUAGUUUUUGAUGAUCUUUCUUGCAAGCAUGUUAAUUGUGUUGUUAACAUGUUUGCAAGAAAUAUCGGUUUAAUUGUUUUGGAUUUGUCUUUUUCAUAGAUCAUUUAAUUUUUAAUUUUGUUAUGCAAUUAUUUCUCGUUUUAUUUUUUAACUCUUGAAAAUGCUAUGCAUGUUGAUUGUGAAUUUAGCUGGUUUUGUUGUGGUUCAGGCAUAAUUGUGUUUGUUAUUACUUUCUUUCUUGUCUAGUGAGGGGAAAACAUUUUGUCUGGGUUCAACCGUUACUGUUCUAGCUUUCCUAGUUGGAUGUAUCAGCUUUACGAGUAAAAUCUCUUUUGUUAAUCUUAGUUUCUUACUGUUUAACAUUACACCUUUUUGAAUCCCCAAGCUCACAUGUUACUUCUCAAAAAAGAAACCCCAAACUCAUAUAGCAAAUGUGCACUAGUCUGGUUUCGCAUACUGGUAACAACAUUUAUACUGUUUUUUCACUUGUAUAUUUCUACUUGGACAAUAUGCUACAUGCAACAUUUUUAUUUUUUGUCACUUAAGUGCAGAGUCAAGCUCUCAUACCUAAUGGCAUUCCAUAUUUCACAUCCUUGUGUUCUCUAAACUUGUUUGGUGAGGGGGGUGAAUGAGGAUCCAAAUGUUUUCAUGGAGAUAAGACGGUCCAGUGGGAGAUUUAUAUGUAUACACCGCUUUUUUUUAAUAAUUUAAUAAUUUUCCUUAUUAUCCUUAUUUCUUGUUCUUUUUGAAUUUUUUAUCUUUUAAAUAUAUUAUUUUUGUUUCGGUGAUGAAUGCAAUGGGACUAAAUGUUGCGUGGGGAUAUUGCUGACCACCAGCCUAUUAUUUGUCCAUCUUGUUCAUAAGAUUUUGUUUUCCAUUUUUUUUUCUUGCUCUCUCCAGAGGUUAAAAUAAUUUAAAAUUUUGUCCAGGUCUGACUGGGUUUACUUGCUGUCUGGAGAGUCGUAUUCAUUCAAUAUGUUUUUAGUGUUAUAUGUGUACACCUAACACUUUUCUUUCCUUAUUCUUCUUUAUUUUUUGUUUAAAUUUGAAUCUUUUUAACUUUUCUGUUUCGGUGAUGAAGGCAAAGGGACUCAAUGUUGUGCGCGGAUAUUACUGACCACCAUAUUUGUCCAUCUUGUUCUUAAGAUUUUUUUUUUUCAUUUAAUUAUUUUCUUGCUAUUCUCCAGUGGCUAAAAUAUCUGAACUUUUGUCCAGGUCUGAAUGCGUUUACAUGCUGUCUGGAGACUCAUUCAUAAUUCAUUCAGUAUAUUUUUAGUGUCACUGGCACUUAUACCACUUUGCUGUGUGUUAGUUUGUUAGGAGUUCCGAAGCUUCUAUAUCAAAAUAACAAACUUCUUGGGGAUUUUAAAUCCUUGCAUAUAGUAUAAUAUACAUACUAUUUACUGACGUGAAUGUAUUGCAAAAAGCGCAAGAAAACCGACCGUACAGAUUCAGCUUUUUAAUUGACUGGAAUAUCUGUUAAUAUUUGGUCAAUUUAUUUGCAUUUGUAUGCUUACCUUUGAAUAUAGCUUCUUCUAUAUGGUUGAUGGUCUCAUUGUGUUGAUUUAAUGUAUUUUAAUGGAAUGCUGGACGUGGUUAUUGAAUGUACCCAUCAAUGGUUUGUUCUCCUGGUGCAGCUGAGGAAUUUGUUAUGGGCAACAUCAAAGCAUGAUGUAUACCUGAUGCAGAACUAUUCGGUCAUGCAUUGGUCCUCAUUGCUGAGGAGGGGCAAAGAAGUGCUCAAUGUUGCUAAACCUAUCGUUCCCACCCUGACACACCCAGGAUUGUUGUCUCAAUCACUCUCAAGAGUGCAGAUAAGCACCAUGGCUGUUAAAGAGAAUUUUCUGGUGGCAGGCGGGUUUCAGGGGGAGCUGAUAUGCAAGAACCUGAAUCAACCUGGAGUUGCAUUCUGCACUAAAAUUACAACAGAUGAAAAUGCCAUCACCAAUGCAGUGGAUGUUUACCAUAACCCCAAUGGCUCAAUGAGGGUUAUGACUGCAAACAAUGAUGCUCAAGUCAGGGUUUUCGAUGCUGAGAAUUUUGCUUGCCUUAAUCGCUUCUCCUUCGAUUGGUCUGUCAAUAACACCUCUGUUAGUCCGGAUGGCAAAUUGGUUUCAGUUCUUGGUGACAGUGCAGAGUGCUUGAUUGCUGAUGCUCAGUCUGGAAAAGUUGUUGGGAACCUCAAAGGGCAUCUGGACUAUUCUUUUGCCUCUGCUUGGCACCCAGAUGGACAAAUUUUGGCUACUGGGAACCAAGACACUACCUGUAGGCUGUGGGACAUAAGGAAUCUGUCCGAGUCCGUAGCUGUAAUAAAGGGAAGGAUGGGGGCAAUAAGAGCUGUAAAGUUCAGCUCUGAUGGCCGGUUUAUGGCAAUGGCUGAGCCGGCAGACUUCGUUCAUGUUUUUGACACAAAGUCAGGAUAUGUGCAUGGACAAGAGAUUGAUAUGUUUGGGGAGAUUGCUGGAAUAUCAUUUAGCCCAGAUGCUGAAGCUCUUUUUGUAGGGGUAUCUGAUCGCACAUACGGCAGCUUGUUAGAGUUUAACCGGAGGCACUAUAACCGAUAUGAGGACUCCAUCUAUUAGUGGUUUGCCCCCCUAAAUCUAAAGCCAACACUCCACCAACUUGGACUGAUGGAUGUGCAUAAUUUUUCUGCAGAGGUUUUUGUUUGACUGUGUGAAAGCUUAGUCUUAGAAUUUUCGGGUCCCCCUGGUUUUGGAGACUAGUAUUCUCUCCUGCCUUUGGGGAGCUAUUCCUUGGUGUCGUUUGGAUAUGUAGAACAUAAAUUUUGCCCUUUGUAAAGCGUUUUGCGGUUGCUCUGUAUAUGGCAAUAGUUAUGUCUUAUCAUUUAUCAAUUAUUUUAUCUUUUUCUUUUUCUUUCA